AGUUGAAAACAUGGCCGACCAGGCGAAGGGUAGUCUGCUAACCAAAUCUUUGAAAAAGUGGUCUAGAACAAAAACCAAGGUUUUACAAAAUCUUGGGAAAGCAGAGAAAACCUUUGAUGAGAGAAUUGAAGAACAUGCCCAUAAAUUGGAGAAACAGCAGGAGGUUGCAGCCAAACUACACAAGGAGCUUAAAGGAUACAUCCACUGUGCCAAAGCCAUGCAGGCCGCUUCAAAGAAUCUGUACCAGGUUCUACAGGAAACAUACGAGGAAGACUGGGAGGAAUACGAGAACGUGAAAGCCCAGCUCAAUUCUCUGGAAUUGAUGUGGCACAACUACACCCAGAGUUUACAUGACAGUGUGAAUGAACCGCUAAACAACUACAUGAGUCAUUUCCCAACCCUCAGACAAAGAAUCUCAAAAAGAGGAAGAAAGUUGACAGACUUUGACAAUGCAAAACACAACCUUGAUGUGCAUGAAAAUGCAAAGAAAAAAGAUGAGACAAAAAUCAAAAAGGCCCAUGAUGAGUUGGAAGAAGCCAAGAAAAUAUAUCAACAAAUAAACGAUGAAUUAAACAAUGAUCUUCCUAUGUUUUAUGACAGUCGUGUAAAUUUCUACAUCAGACAUGAACAUGAUCAUAGACAUGGAGAAAAUGGUCAAAAUUCAAAUCCAGCGGAACCACAGAUUUCAUCAAAAUCAGAACCUGUGCAUAGGAGGAAGCUACCCACAUUUGAUCAUGCAAUUUAUGAAAAUAGUGAAUUAGAAAAAGAUGCUAUAGAAAAAAGCUCCAAGAUUGACAACAAAGAAGAAACAGAAGCAGACAAAGCAGAGGAGAGAACCCAAAAAAUAUCAUCCAAUCAGGCAAGUGAGAACAAAGUUAAUGGUAACCUGGAUGAAACCACCUCACAGAAUUCUGAAGACUCUGCCCCCUCCUACCCCCCUCCUGUCCCUCCCCCUGAGGAAGCUGCCCCAGAACCUGUUACCCCCCAGAAACAGGAAACUCCCUCCCCUGCAGUAUCCCCAUCCUAUGAGACCCCUCCCAGCAAACUGCCCGAGGCUAAGGAGGAGAAAGUCGAGGUCACUGAUGAGGAGGAGGGGAAAGAGGACCAUGAGGACAGCAACCUGUAUGAGGUGCCGACCUCAAACAAACCGGUGGAGCUACCAGCAGGUGUUCUUUAUCAGGUGCAGGCUACACAUCCCUACACAAACGAGGAUGAAGAUGAAUUGUCAUUUGAGGCAGGGGAGAUCAUCUAUGUUAUUCCAUUUGAUAACCCUGAUGACCAAGAUGAAGGCUGGGUCAUGGGGCAGAAAAAGUCCGAUGGAUCUAAAGGAGUCUUUCCUUUAAAUUUCUCCAAGAAACUUUAGCCAUUCCAUUGACAGAAAUUCUUGUCAUUAUCUCAGCAUUCCUAUGGAACAAGUCAAAAUAUCUGGUCAGAGCUGAUGAUAAUUGAUUCUGGUUAUUGACUUGUGAAAUGUUGAUCUGAAUUGAAAGCAGCAUAAGAUUCCUAAAAUAUUGUCCAUACUUUGUGAGAGAAUAUAUAAUUAUUUUUGAGUAGCACAAAAUCUUUUUCAACAAGAUCCUUGUUGCAGUCAUGAGAUUUUAUUUUUAUAUUCAUGUAUGUGAAAAAGUGCUUCUAUAUUUUCUUAUUGGUUUAUAAAGUUGAGAUAACCUUAUGAGAUUACAUCUAUGGUCGUAUCUUUUCGUUAUAAAUUUGUUUGUUUGUUUAGUGGGAAAAGGCAAAUGUAGAUUCUUUUUAUAUUUUUAAAGUAAAAAGAAAAAUUUAUUACUCUAAAGGUUUUUAAAUGUUUAAUAUACAGUAUGUGUCUUUUCCUGUGCUAAAAAGUGGAGAUAUGCAUUAUAAUUAUACUUAACUAUAAAAGUUUGUAACCCCCCUCCCUUCAAUAAUGUUUUAGAACAAGUUUUUUUAGUAAAUUCUUUUUCUGAUUAUGAACGAAAAAUAUGCAUCCUUUUUGAAUUGUCUGGCAAUCUCUUCCAUUCUAGUGCAUAGCAUUUUGAGUUAUGAUUUUUUUUAAGUACGGUAAUACGUAAAGUUAAGUCAGUACCAUUAAAACCAUCACAGCUUCUGAUUAGAAUACAUGAUCAUUGAAGAUGAUUUGUGAGAUGCUUGAAAGUGCAAGAUAACCACUGAAAACAUAUGAAUUUAAAGAUUGAUUGAAAGAUUCAGUUAUAUGUGCUAAAUAAAUAAUAUUGAUCUUUAAGUAGUUUAGAGUAAAGAAAAAGAAAUACUCAUGUACAUGUAUCUUAGCAAUACCCACUGUAAAGAAAUGAAAAAUAUAUGUAUUAUCUGGAUUGGGUACAUAACUAUGUACAUGUAAUGUAAUUUGUAUUAUGAUAAAAGGCAGUACAGUAUAACUUGUUUACUGUUUUUGUCAGUAAUAUAAAAGUAUAGUUGCAUAAUAAUGUAUACAGCGUAUUAUUUUAUAUGAACCAAACAUAAUGAAUAUCAUAAAACCUAUAUGAUUAUACUUUUUCCCCACAUUCCAUAUACAUUUUAUGUAAAUUGUGUUAAAUUGUGCAAUUUUUUUUAUCAAAGUUUUUCUGUUUUCAGUAAACUAUAGAUAAUGCUGUUUGAUUAAAGCAAGAAUUAUGUUAAAGGUCUGAAAAAUUUUCUCAAGAGUACAAUAUUUGAAUGUUUGUUGGAGUGUGCUUAGAAUUGGCCUUUGAUUUAUUGCAAUUCACAGUCCUGGGUCAGUAUCAUCCCAGAGAUGAAGAAGAUUACCAUGGUGAUCUCUAUGGCCAACAUACAUUUUUGUAUUGUAGAAAAUAUUGUUUUUCUGAUAAAAAGUUGUUCAGAACUUGCUGUAAAGACAGUAAACCAAGUUUGUUAUU